AUGUCUAGCCUUGACGUCGCGAUCGCGGAGUUCGCUGCUCUUAAUGAAUUUUCGAAACCUAGCGCUGAGCUAUUGUCAAUUAUAUUGCUUUCUGAUGGUGUAAAGCUAUCUUUGCAGCUUCGGUCUCUUUACUUUUGUCGUGACUUGUCAUCAUCGCAAUGUGCAGAAAUACUGAAAAGGGCGUUGAAUGUACAUUACGAUGCUUUCCUAAGACACGAAAUAGCCUAUGUUUUGGGCCAGGCGUCAUGUAAAGAAGCAUCGGAUGUCCUUAUCGCACUUUUGGAGAACGAGAAUGAGGACCCUAUGGUUCGUCAUGAGGCAGGGGAGGCUCUUGCGGCAAUCGGCGGUAAAGAUUUUAUCGAAGUGAUUGAGAAGUAUAAAGAUGACAAGUGCGUUGUUGUACGGGACACCUGUCGUCUCGCUCUUCAUUCCCUUUUAAAUGAUGGUACUUCCGACGAUGAUAACGCGGAGAACAUUCCAAUCUGUAGCUGUGUUUGCGCACCUAUUUCAACUUCUGCGUAUCGCGCCAUCGAUCCAGUACCCUGUUCAACUACAGAGCUGAGUGACGAAUCGCUUUCAGCUUUAAAUGCAGUUAUGUGUGACGAAUCAUUGCCACUUUACAAGAGGUAUGAAGCUCUGUUUAAGAUACGUAAUGCUGGAGGCGACGCAGCUGCAUCGCUGAUUGGUGAUGCUCUACUUUCAGAUAAGGUUUCUGAGGUUUUUCGUCACGAGUGUGCAUUUGUAUUGGGUCAAAUGCAAUCGAUGGCGGCGAGUAGAGCACUACUCCAAUGUUUAAUGAACGCAAAUGAGGAGCCAAUAGCACGCCACGAGGCCGCACUUGCACUUGGUUCCUGCGCUGCCGCUUGCCCGAAUGCAAAGGACCGAGAAGACAUCAUCAAUGCUCUUACGGCACACAAGAUUGACGCUGUCAAGGUAGUUGCGGAUAGCUGUAUUGUCGCACUGGAUGUGAUCUCAGAGUCGGCAUCCCCAAUUCAUGCCAAUUGA